UACACAAUGACGGACGAGGCCACAACUAUUCCACUGCCGGCUUGGCUGAAGGCAGAUCUCUUCGAGAAGUUGCUGUCGGAACGUUUCGGGGACAAGUAUGUGGGAAUCAAGAGCUUCGAGCCGGUGGCCGGUCUGAGUCCAGGGGAAAAUUACUCCACCAUCAUGCUGCGUCUACACUUCGAAGUGGAACUGAAGGAUCACGUCAUCGAGAAGGUGAGCUACAUGCUGAAGACGCCUCACGACUUCGAGAUGUACCGCGAAAUCCUGAGGAAGAACAACAUGUUCGUGGUGGAGCGGGACGUCUUCUUGCAGGUGAAGCCCGAGCUGGAGAAGAUGUACGAGGACGCGGGUCUUAGGGUUCAGUUCGGGGCCAAGGCCUACGAAAUUGAUGCUCCCGAUGAGUACGUCUUGCUGCAGGAUCUCAAACCGUUCGGCUUCAAGAAUGUGGAUCGUUUGGAGGGUCUGAACAUGGCUCACACCAAGAGCGUUCUCAAGAAGAUGGCCCAGUGGCACGCGGCCUCGGCCAACAGGCUUCACCUGAAGGGUCCAUACACCCAGCACUACCUACAGCCAACCUACACCGACUCUAUGAAGGACAAUAUCGAGCAGGUGGCCGAGACCCUGGGAAAGUACUUCCUGAAGUGCCUGCCCCUCUACGAGGGAUACGAGGAAUACAGCGAGGCGGUGCACAAGAUGCAGCCCAAGAUAGUGGACCUGAUGUAUGCAAUGAACACUCCCGAUCCGGAGGAUUUCAAUGCCCUGAAUCACGGAGAUUGCUGGACGAACAACAUCAUGUUCCGGUACGAGGGCGAGAACCCCGAACCGGCGGAAACCUACUUUGUAGAUCUGCAGCUCCCGAAGGUCACCUGUGUGGCCCAUGAUCUUAUCUACUUCCUUCUGGGAUCCACGCAAUUCGACAUCAAGUUGUGUAAAUUCGAUUACCUCAUCAAGUACUAUCACGAUCAGCUGAUAGAGCACCUGGCCCUCCUCAAGUAUCCCCAGGCGAAGACCCCCUCGCUGCGGUUCCUACACACUCAACUGCUGAAAUACGGACGCGUUGGCUACCAGACUGUCCUGAUGCUCUGUCCACCGGUAUUACUCGAUCGCACCGAUGAGGCCAAUCUGACCGACUUUGUCACCGAAUCGGAAAAUGGCGAUGGCCUUAAAAUGGCGAUGUACUCCAAUGAUCGAUAUAAAAAGCAUGUUAGCGCCAUCCUCACCUGGAUGAACAAUCGCGGAGCAUUCCAAGUCUAAUAUGUUUCCAAAAAUUAUUUGAGAAGUGCAAAAAAGCAUGAAGUAUUAACAAAAUGGUUGAGGGUCUAUCAGAAAAUCGCUACUUCAAAUUGAUCUUUAAAGCUCUCUUAAAGGUUUCAUUAAGUUACUUCACCAUGACAGAAAGUAAAAUUUUUGUACCUACAU